AUGCACUUGCAGCAAUUGACGAACGCCGACUGGCCAAACGUUCGCGAUUCUCGAUUGAAACCGAGCGACACCGAUGUCAGCGACAACGACGCGCUGCGCGACAAGUUCCCGAGUCAAUGGUCCGUCCUUGCGGACAAGGGGUAUCAAGGCAUCCAAGAGGACGUCCGUGGCUUAAUGCCGGUGAAGCGCCCACGGCACGGACAUCUGACAAUGGAGCAGGAGCGGGCCAAUGCCAAGUGGUCGUCAGAUCGUGCGAUUGUGGAGAACUUCUUCGGAAGGCUCAAGAGGCUGUGGGGUCUGGUGUCUGACAAGUACACGUGGAAGAAAGAUGAGUGCAACAUGUACUUUCAGACGUGUGUGGCCCUCACCAAUGUCCACGUCCGGUUCAAUCCUUUGCGGAACGUGGACGGCGAGGGCUACAAUCAGUACUAG